AUGGAAAAAUAUUUUAUGAAAAAAAUAAAAGGAGUAUUUUCCACUUUUAAAAAGGAUAACCCGAACAAUAAUAAUAAUAACAAUAAUAAUAGUAAUCGUAAUAAUGAUGAUAAUAAUUACCGACAAUUUAUCCAGGAAAAAAAUUCCUCCAUUGAAAACCAAACAAUCGUUGAAAUGACGAAUGAUGCAUAUAAACAAGAAAAAGAUAUAAACUAUUUCUUAUCUGAGAAUAAAGAAAGAAAAGAAGAAUCUAACAGUAAUCUUAAAAAGAAAAAUCUUAAAAACAAAAAUCACAAGAAGUUUGAUAAUAAUGAGAAGGAUAUUCCAGGAUUUAGUAAAAAAAUGAAAUAUGCCAAAUUAUAUCAAAAAGAAAAUAUGUUGUCAAUAGAUAAUUAUAUAAAAAUAAAUAAGAAACAUAAUUUAAAUUUUGUAAAAAGGAAAUAUACGAAAAGAAAACUUAUGGCUUCCAAUAUACAAAAUAUAUGUAAUUUUAUAACAAUCAAAAAUAAAAAUGAGACUAGAACUAAGAAAGAUCAAAGUUUAGAAGAUUAUAAGGAAGAAAAUAAAAGCACACCUUACAAUGAAGAAGAAAAAAAAAUGAAUUUACAAUAUGAGGAAGAAGAACAUAACAAUGAAAAUGUAGCACAAGAAAUAAAAGGAGGGAAAAGAAAAAGGAAAAAAAAAUUAGAUAGGAAUCAAAAUAUUAUGAAGGAAGAUAAUUUAAAUAAUGAUGUAUUGGGUGAGGAUAUUCUCAUAAAGGGACAAUAUGAUAAUAAAAAUAAUAAUAAAAAUAAUAAUAAUAAUAAUAAUAAUAGUAUGAAUGAAUAUAAUGUAUUGGAUGAUCCUUCCAAUAUUCAAUUUCAUAAAGACACAUCAUUGAAAAACCAAGGAAAGAACAAAGAUAUAUUCAAAAAUUUAAAAACGAAAAAUAUUGGUAUAUAUGAUAAAAACAAAAACACUUCUUUAAAAAAUUAUGGAAAACAAAAAAAGAUUAACCGUAUUGAUGAAAUUUUUAAAAACUUAAUAGAGAAAAGGAAAAAAAAAGAAAUGAGACAAAAAUAUAUGCUCAAAAAAAAAUCUCUCAUAAAUAAUAAUAAAGGAAAAACGAAUGAAAAUUAUGAACGCGAACAAGUGGAAGGACAAAAGGAUAACGAUGCUUAUGAUGGUUUUGAAGAAUUGGAUGAAAAGUUAAAAAAGGAAAGCGAAGAAGAAGAAGAAGAGGAUGAAAAAGAGGAUGAAGAUGAAGAAGAAGAAGAAGAAUAUGAUGAUAAAAAUGAUGAGGUAGAAAAAAAACAAAAGAAUCAUAAAAAUAACAAAACAUCAAAUAAUACAUAUGACAACAAAUCAGAUGAUUAUCAUGGUAGAAAUACACACUUAUUGAAAAAAGAAAAAAAACAACGAACAAAAAAAGAUAGUAAAAAAAUUCUUCCUAUGAUUGAUGAAAACACUAUAGAAAAAUGUUACAAACAAAUGAUGAUCUUUGCCGAAAAAUUUAGUUCCUUCAAAAAUAAAUUUGAUCAAUAUUAUAAUACCAAUGAAUAUUGGAAUUUAAAGAAAAAAGGGAAAAAAAGAAAAAAUUCACUAAACACUAGUAAUAAGGAAAAUAUGGAAAAUGAUUUCUUUGAUGAAGAUUGUAUGAAAAAAGAAACAAACGAACUUGAAGAAUUAAACAAAAAUAUACAGAAACUUUUAAAUGCAAAUAUGUCUAAUGAUAUAAAUAUAGAUAAAAUAAACGAAAUUAAAAAAUAUACACAAGAUAAUCAUAAUAAAAAUGUUAUGAAAAAUAUAAAUAUUUCAGAAAGUAUCUAUUUUGAUUGUGAAAAUACAAGUGCUAAAAAAAGAAAAUGUUCUGAUAAUGCUAGUGUUAGUACAAAUGAAGAAAAUUUAAAUAAACUUCUUGAGUAUGCCACAAAUAAAAAAAAUAACAUGAUUAAUUCUGAAGAUGACAUAAAAACUGAUGAGGAAUAUGAGCAAGAAAAGAAGAAAAAAAAUAAAAAUAAAACUAAGAAGAAAAACAAGAGAAAAAAAGAAAAAUAUGAUGAUUUACAAAAAUCAAAUGAAAACAACUCAAUGGAGGAUAUUGAUUUGGUAAGAGAAAAUCAGGAAGAGAGAAAGGAAGAAAAUAAACAAAUUAAGAUGGUAACACAAAAGAAAGGCAGAAAAAAAAAGAAAACUGAAAAGGUACAAAUAGUAAAUGAUCAAAUUGAAAAGGUACAAAUAGUAAAUGAUCAAAUUGAAAAGGUACAAAUAGAAAAUGUACAAACUGAAAAUAUACAAACUAACAAUGUACAAUAUGAAAAAAUGCAAAGUGAAAAUUCCCAAAUUGACAAUCUACAGAAUGAUAAUAUACAAACUGAAAAUAUACAAACUAACAAUGUACAAACUCAAAAUGUACAAACUCAAAAUGUACAAACUAACAAUGUACAAACUCAAAAUGAAUCUUUUAAAAUUGAGACAACUGACAAUGUUGUAGAAGUAAAAGAUAACCUAAAUGAUAAAAAUUUUGAGAAUCCAAUAGAAGUAUCUAAUAUUUCGAAUGAAUUUUCUGAGGAAGAAAUGAAAAUUUUCAACAACACAAAUGGUAAUAUCGAUAAAGAUAUAAAUAUGAUAGAUAUUCCACAUGAAGAUUUGAAUAAAUAUAUAAAAGAUGAACUAAAUAUCAAUGAAAAUAACAAUAAUCUUUUAAAUAUCCAAAGUGGUGAAAUCAUAGAAUAUGCUGCUAGCAUAAAAAGUGAUAACAUAAUUAAUGAUCCUGAAGAGGAUGCUUUACCAAGAAACGAAACAAUCAAUAUACUCAAUCAUGAACAUGUACCAAGUAAAGAACAAGAAGAAGAAAAAAAUAUUUUAAAUGAACAAGAAUUAAAUGAUAUAAAGGAAGAAAGGAAAGAAGAAAAUAAUAUUGAUUCCAAAUUACCUUAUUUUGCUAUAGAACAAAGAAAAAAAUUAAUUAAAGAAACAAACCGAUUUUUUAAAAUGUAUAAUUUACAUUUAAAAAUUGAAAAGUUACCUAUUAAUAUUCCAUAUGAUUUAAAACUACUCAUGCAAAAAAAAAAGAAAAUUGCCGAUAUUAUUAAUGAUUACAAAAUUGUUUUUAAAACAUUAGAGAAAUAUGCUCAAAAGGAAACGAAUAUUUCGGAAGAACAAGAUGGAGAAGAAAGAAAACUGUCGCAUGAUAAUCUAGAUAAACAAGAAGGACAAAAUGGUGAUAAUGAUAUUAAUAGUAAUAGUAAUAAUAUUAAUAGUAAUAAUAAUGAUUUAUUUAUUGAUCAUAACGUAACAAAUAAUGUGGUGCAAUAUACAGAUGGAGAUGAACAAAAUAAAGAACAAAAUAAAGAACAAAAUAUAUCUUCUCAAAUAGAUAAAGAAAGUGUAAUUCUUACAAAUAAGGAAGAAACAGUUGUUGAUAAAAAUAACAUAUCAUCUGAAUUGAAGGAAGAAAAUGAAGACAAAGAAAAUAAAGAAAAUAUCACAAAUAAAGAUGCUGAUUUAUCUCUUGAUGUAAAUGCUCAAAUGAAUGAAAAGAUACCCAAAAGAAGAGGAAGGAAAAAAAAAAUAGAAAAAGAAAUAGAAGUACAAGUAGGAAAAAGAAGAGGAAGAAAAAGACAAACUGAAGAUCUAUUAAAUGAUAAUAACAUUAACGAUGAUAGCUUAUAUUAUCUGAGUGAUAAUUCUAAGGAAUUAAUAGAAAAGGAAUUUAAGAAGUUUAUGAACAUAUUUGAAAGCAUUAACAAAAUUGAAUCAAAUGAGUCAAAUGAAUUAAAUAAAUCAAAUGAACCAAAUGAAUUAAAUAAAUCAAAUGAACCAAAUGAAUUAAAUAAAUCAAAUGAACCAAAUGAAUUAAAUAAAUCAAAUGAACCAAAUGAACCAAAUGAACCAAAUGAGAAAAAUAUCAAAACCGUUUCUAAUAUGAAAGAUACUUUUAAUGAUCAACAAAAGGAUGAAGUUAUUGAUGAUGCUACUACAUGUACAUUUAUGGAUCUAAAUAAUUGUACAUUUGGAGAUAACAAGAAUAACAUAAAUGAAGAGAACAAUAAUAAUAAACAAACAAGCAAAGAAGAACAAUGCCAACCAAUUGAUAAUGAUAUACAAAAGGAAACACAAAAUUCUGAAAAAUCAGAAUAUUUUGAAAAAUAUGAUAAUUCUUUUAUUCAUCAAGUUAUAAACGAUUUAAUACAUAAUAAUAAAGAAGAAGAAAAUUAUAUAGAAUAUUCAAAUAUAGAUAAUGAAGAAAUAAAAUAUAGAAAAUUAAACCAAGUAAUAACAAACCUAAAAAUAAAAGAAAAAAAAAUUGACUUAAUUUUAAGUAAUAAUUUAAGCUUUUUCAAAUAUUCCUGUAUGUAUAGAAAGCGUCAAUUAUUACAUGAGAAAAUGUUAGGAAAUUGGAGUUAUGUAGAAAAUAAAAUUAAUAGAAGAGAUGAUAUUAGAAAUAAAAAUUUGCCUUUUCAAUUAUUAAAACUAGAACAAAAUAUGUUAGAAAAUAUUACUAAAUGUUAUGAUGAUAUAUUAUUAGAAGAUUUUUCUGGUAUUAUUAUAACGUUAAAUACAAAUUCUUUUGAAAGAGAAUCAGAUGGAAAAAUUAUUAAUGUGUCAAAAGUUAUAUGUGGAUGUUUAAUUGAAUAUCUAAAUAAUACAUCUGAAUUAAACAUAAAAUGUAUAUGGGCACAUCCAUUUUUAAAUACAAAAUCUACUUAUUACAUUUUAUGUGCAUUCUUACCUAGGGUUAUUUUAGAAGCAUUUUUAAAUAAUACAGGAACAUUACAUAAUGAUACAAUUGAUAAAGAUAAUAUAAAUAAUGUCAAUUCUGAAAAAGGAGAAGUGAUAGAAAGUAUGAAUUCUGAAAUAGGUGAAUUCAAAAAUUCUGAAAAAACAGAAAAAAAAAAAAAAACAAAAAAAAAAAGUUUUUAUGAUAGAUUAAAUGAAUUAGAUAUAGAAAAAAUCAAGAAUGAUCAUCAUGAAAAUGAUAAUAUAAAUAAUUCUCAUAAUAAUAUUAUCAAAUUAGAAGAUGAAUAUUUCUCAAACUAUUCUACAUAUGAAUAUCCUUUAACUCAUCUUUUAAAUUUUAAUAAAGAAUGUGCAUAUGCCUUAAAUUAUAAUCAGAACCUUUUCAAAGCUAAUGAAAAUAAACAAGACAAUAUCAUCAACACAUGUAAUAAUAUGAAAGAUCAUAAUAAUUGUAAGGAUAAUAAUACAUUAUCUUCUAAAAAUAGCAAUAACAAAUUUUUGUAUAUAAUAUUUAGUGAUAUUGAUAUAUUUCCAAGACAAUGCUAUUUAAUUUUAUGUUCUUACAAGUAUAUGUGUUUAAAUAUGCACUAUGAUACAGAUAAUUAUUCUGUUCAUUAUGAUUUAGAAAAUAUGAAAAAAGAAAAUGUGGGCAAAACCACAGAGUUAUCUAAUAGUUGUCCUUGCAAAUGUAUGAAGUCUAUUCCCGAUGAUUCGGAGGAAUCCUAUGAGCGUAUAAUAGGUUUGAGUGAACUUUAUAUGUAUUAUAUGAUACCCAAAAAGGAGGAAAGGGAGAGUCUCGGUCUACUAAAAAGAAACGGUUGGAGAGAUUUAAUUUGCAGUACCUUUCUUGAAGACGUACAUGAAAAUAUUAGUAGUAUCUUAAAAAUUAAAACACAUAUUAAUAAGGUAUCAGAACAUAUAUCUGUACAAAAUAGAAUAUAUGAAAAACGCUACACACCUAUAUAUAUAAAUAAAUAUGAGUGGUGUGGAUUAAAAUUGAAGGAUAUUCGUAAUAUGCUAAACGAAGAUUUUAAUUAUGAUGGCCACGAUAAAUGA